GUUGGGCAUAAAGCAGAUGUUCAAUAAGCACACGUUACUAUUCUAUUCUGUUCAAUUUUAUUUUUAUUAUUUUUUAGCUCUUUAUUUUUUUAAUUUAAAUUUAUUUAAUUAGAGGCUAAUUACUUUACAAUAUUGUAUUGGUUUUGCCAUACAUCAACAUGAAUCCGCCACGGGUGUACACGUGUUCAAAAUCACUUAUCGAGUGCCUGCUUCCUGGAACAGAGAGGGUACUGCUAGAUAAUGUAAUAGCUAUUGCAGUGAUUAUAUGCUGUCACAAUGAAGAUUUGGGCUAAACGAUACACUAGCUUAAAAGUUUCACCUUCAUCCAAUCAAUUCACAUUUUCCUAAGUGGUUAUGCUACUUCAUUCCAUAAAAACACAGUUUUGCUUUUCCUAAAAUCUGAUUUACAUUUUCUCCUCCAGCAGCUCGGCCUCGGCGCGCGCUUGCACGCAUGCGCUCACGCCAGCGCCUGGCGAAGAGCCCCCGCCCCGCUCCAGCCACCCGCACCCGUGGCAUGCCUGUUGGGUAGUGGCGAGCCGGCGCCAUGUCCGCCUCGGGAGUGGUGGUGGUGUUGUCCUGGCUGAGCUGUUGUGGCUCGGCCCUGUGGAGGUAUUACAGUAACAGCCCAAACUACGACAUUUUUAGUACCAGAAGUAUUAUUAAGUUAGAGUAUGAAGGAACAUUAUUUUCUGAGUGGAGUGCUCCAGCAACUUGUUCUAUAAAAAAUAAAAGAUUACCCAAGACAGAACUACGAUGUUCUUCUCCUGGUAUGCAUGCUAUAAAACCAAUUGUUUCAGGCCCAGAUUUAGAGGAAGAACGCUAUUUAUCUGUGGACAAUUCUCAUAUUUGCUUUCUAUGGUAUUAUAAGGCUAUAAGUUUUGUUCACAAUUUAACCCAGAUUGUCGUUUUAUGGAUAUAUGAUCCGGAAAAUGCGGACCCCAGUGAGUUGCUGUGGAAUGCCAAUGAACCUUCCCUAAAUUCCAUAAUACUUAGCAAGCAGUUGGCAGCUUUGGGACAGAUGCCUUUCAUAUAUACAAUUCUGAAGAGAAAAGUUUAUUUUCCACGAGAAAGAAUAAAGGAUGGGAAAUGGUAUGUCUCGGUACCAAUGACAACAGGAGAUGUGCUAAAAGAGGUUAGAGGAAAUCAAGUGGCUUUUCAAGACUGCUUUAUUGCAAAUAGUCUUUUCCUGCUGACUUUUCCUUUGUUGACAAUACCUGAGAUUCCUGGGUUUUUACCAAUAUCUUCACCACGGGGUAGUCAGUUAAUAGCAAAUUGGGCUGCUUGUGUUCCUUCGUUUGUUGUGGUGGUAGCUGACAUGGAGACCUUUCAGACAAAUGAUUCAUUCCAUACUUGGACCAGAAUCAGAGUGCCUCCAAAUAUUCUGACUGAAGAUGAAAGACACAAUGUGUCUGAUGUGACCCUAUCACGGGAUGGAAUAUUUUUUUUAAUAAAUGGUGUUCUCUACUUAAAAAAUUAUAAUACAUUUACAAGACUGGGAAGCAAUGCAAAUCUUCCUGAUGGUGGAAUUAUUGGCAUUACAUCAAGAAAGUGGUGUUGGAUCAACUAUUUAUUAAAGGAUAAAGAAAGAAGAAGCAACAUGGCAAUCUGGACAGAAAAUGAAGUUUAUCUUGGAUAUGCUCUUCUUAAAUUUGUUAAAAUAGUAACUACUGAAAAACUGAAAGGACUUCUAAAUAUGUCACCAACUGCUACUCUGACUAUACAUAAUGUUGAGUAUACAGGACACCCUUUGGAACUUGCCUUGUUAUUAAAUUACUGCAUUAUAUGUAACACCUCCAAAACAAUUUACCUAGUGAUACACAAUGAAGAUACAGUACAAUGGGUAUUCCAAGACUUUGCAUUAGAUGUCAGUAUAGACACUUUUUUAAUUCCAUAUUUCCUAUAUUCAGCAAUGCCAGAAUUAUUACUAUGGGACAAACAUAGGAUCUACUAUUAUUAUCAUAAUUUCACAGAUACUGGAGUUUUACAAACAACUACAGAAUUUGGAAAUCUAUCAAGAUUAUCACAAAACAGCAUUAUUCAUAAUGUUCUUAUGGAUUAUUAUGGAAAUAUUGUGGUAAAAAUGGAAAACAAUGUAAUGUUUUAUUUCAAGAUUAAAAUCAAAGAUGCAAUAAAGCUACAUUUAUGGACAAAUAGCACAGUAAAAUCAUUAAUUUCUUUUAAACCAUCUGGUAAUAUGUAUCUCAUAUAUGUUUUUGAAAAUGGCGAAAUAUAUCCAGAGGAAUAUCCCUUACAACUGGAAGCACAAAGUAUAACUUUCAAGACAAAAGAAAAGUGCCCCUAUAUGGCAUUUCAUAAUGAUAUUUUUCAUUUUUCUUACCUUUUGGACAAGGGACAAAACCUGUCCCUUUGGGCUCAAAUAGUCUAUCCAGAAAAUAUUGGUCUAUAUAUUGUUGUAGAAUCAUAUGGCCCCAAAAUAUUAGAAAUAAAAGAUCAGAUUCACUAUGAAAUUGCCUUAGGACAUUGCAGUAAAACCACGACAAUAACAUUUUCUCAGAAUAUAAAUUAUGAGGCAGUGGAUGAUUAUUUCAAGUUGCAAUAUGAGAACACAGGUCUUCUGCUUGUCCACGUGAGACCCAGUGAACUUGCAAAAACAUGUCCAAUAUCCCAAAAGGUGUUCCAAAUAUCUGUUGGCUGUGAUGCUAGUAAAUUCAUUGCUGUUAAAGGAUUUACUAAAAAAGAAUGUCUUCAGUAUGAUUUUUUUUACAUCAUUGAACAGUCAUAUCUGAGGGAUCGACCAUCUAAACCAUUGAGAGUAAAAUAUAAUUGGGACAAAUAUGGCUGCCCAUUGAAAGUUGAUUUCAGAGAAAAGUUUCACCCUUUGGUUCAGCUAUACAAUGACAAUGGUUAUGUUGAAGAUGUUGAAGUAAAUUUCAUAGUGUGGGAAAUACAUGGCAGGGAUGACUAUAGCUUUAACAAUACUAUGAAGAAGAGCGGUUGUUUGAAUGAAGCUCAAACAUGGAAUUCAAUGAUCGAGCUUAACAAGCACCUCCCAUUAGAAGAAGUCUGGGGACCUGAGAACUAUAAGCAUUGUUUUUCUUAUGCUAUUGGAAAACCAGGAGAUUUAACUCAACCAUAUGAGAUUAUCAACAAGUCUAACUAUAACCAUUUGGUUUGGCCCUUGGACCAUUCUGGAAUGUAUGUGUUUCGUGUGAAGAUCCUGGAUCCAAACUAUAGUUUCUGUAACCUAACCACUAUAUUUGCAAUAGAGACCUUUGGAGUGAUUCCCAGUCCAAAUGCUUACACGGUUGCAGCUUUCCUCUUUCUCCUGAUGCUACUGUUCUUCAGUAUUCUCAUUUUGAGCUACUUCCAUUAUAUGAGGAUUUAUAAAAAACAUAUUUAUGAACCACUGCACAAAUCUAAAAGAAAAAAGAAGAAAAAUUGAGAGAAAUGAAAGUCUAUUUACUAUGAAUGUAGAAAAUGUAUAUAUACUUACAUGGAGAGUGUAUUUUGACCAAGAAAUAUUAAGUAUAAGCUCAUAGUAUUAUCAAAUUCAAAAUCUGAAAAUUGUUCUCAAAUUAUCCUAAACAGGAAUAUUUUCAUAUAUAAUGUAUGUUAUUAAAUUAACCCUUAGUGUGUUCACUUUUAUCUUAAGAUAGUCUAUAUAGUUUUAAAUAGCUUUAAAAAAAUUUUUUUGUAUAGCUGUGUUCUCUUGCUCUUUCUCACCUAGCUUCCUUGAUUCAGCAUUGUGAUUUUGAAAUUAAUCCAUGUUUUUGCAUGAAUCUAUAAUUCUUUUUAUUGCUAAGUGUUCUGUUGUACUGUUGCUUAACUUAUCGGUUAACAUUUGAGAUUUUUUUCUAGGUUUAGACUCUUAGAAAUAAAACUGCUAUGAAUAGUUUUUUAUAGGUCGUUGUGUGAACAUAGAUUUUAAUUUUUCUUGGGGAAACACUUAGGAAAUGGUUCAUUCAUAUGGUAGAUAUGUCUUUUUUGGAAACUGACAAACUGUAUUCUAAAUUUUGUUUUUUCUCAGAAUAAAUGAGAGUUUUAGUUUUUAAAAAUUUUUAAACUUUAAAAACUACCUAAAUUUGGCUAUUACACUCCUUCCUAAGAAUGAAAGUAAAUUUUUGAAAGUAUA